AUGACAAAUUCGGGAAAGAGCAUUGGUCGUAAAUUGGUCGUUUCCGGGCGACGCCAAGUCGUUACCGAAAACGGCGAGCUCUACCACGCGGAAAAUGCCGAAGCGGAGUUGGAAUCCACCCCAUUUCCGAGCGUCGUGCCCUCAUCGGAGAGUUCUGAAGAAAUCAUCCGAACUAAGCGCUCCCACACCCGCGAGCACUCACUGGCCCCAGCCAAGGAGAUUAACGAUGGCCAGCAGCUGACGGUGGGUUUUAUUAAUUUCGCGAAACGCAAAUGCAUACCGUGC